GGAUAAGUCGUCCAGGUAUACUUUGAGAUCACACGCCGGCCAGUAGGUAACUUGGGACCCAUGAGCGGACUUGGGCAGCGUGUGCGCAACACGUACGCGUCGGGCGCACCGGCCAAUUAUGUGCCUGGUCUGGGUCGUGGUGCUGUGGGCUUCACGACGCGCUCGGACAUCGGGCCGGCGCGCGCGCCCAUGACGCAGGACGGGACGCAGGACGCUCCGUUUCUGCCUCCCGCUGGACGCGGACGCGGCGUGGAGAUCCCAGGAAGACCCGGUCCAGGACCAAGCGCUGGUCGCGGCUCCGGUACCGCCGGUAUGGGCGGAUUUGGACGAGAAAAAGACGAAAACGAGGACUUUGGCGAUUAUAGCGAGACCAACUACGACGAAUUCAGUGGCUACUCGUCGCGUGGCCUGUUCCAGGACACACCGUACGAUGCGGAUGACAAGGAAGCGGACGAUAUUUACGAGCAAGUGGAUGAGCGGAUGGACUCGCGACGUAAGAGACGCAGGGAACUUAAGCAGCUCGAGGAGCUCAAGAAGUCGCGUAAGGAGAUGCCCAAGAUCAGCGACCAGUUCGCAGACCUCAAGAGCUCAUUGCAGCAAAUGUCAGACGCUGAGUGGGAAAUGAUCCCGGACAUUGGAGACUAUUCUCUGAAGUACAAGACCAACACAGCGCUGCAGAAGCGGAACGAGAUGUUCGCACCCGUACCCGACAGUGUCUUAGGAACCAAUGCAGGCCACUCCUCGUCCGUGAGUGGGACUAUUACACCCGCAGGCAACGGGAUAGAGACGCCCAGUGGCAUGACAAGCUCUGUGACGGGCUUGGCAGGAGCUAGAGGCGCCCAGUUGUCCCAUAAGCUGGACAAGAUGUCGGACUCCAUUUCGGGUCAGACCGUCGUGGACCCCAAGGGAUAUUUAACAGACUUAAACAGUCUAAAACUCACCAGUGACGCCGAGAUUGGAGAUAUCAAGAAGGCGAGACUGCUGUUGAGGUCUGUAACCAUGACGAACCCCAAGCAUGGACCGGGAUGGAUCGCAGCUGCGAGAUUAGAGGAAGUCGCGGGCAAAAUUGUGCAGGCCAGGAAGAUUAUUGCGCAGGGUUGCGAGUCUUGUCCUACGCAGGAGGAUGUGUGGCUCGAAGCUGCGCGAUUGCAGAAUCCGGAGAACGCCAAGACGAUUCUGGCCAAGGCUGUACGACACGUGCCCAAGUCGGUCAAGGUGUGGCUCCAAGCGGCGCAGCUUGAGAGUGAUGACGAGCUGAAGAAGCUGGUGAUGCGACGUGCUCUUGAGUUUAUUCCGAACUCUGUGAAGCUGUGGAAGGCACUGAUCGAACUGGAAGAUGUCGACGGCGCACGGAUCCUGCUUGGCCGCGCUGUCGAGUGCGUUCCACAAGCUGUGGAUCUGUGGUUGGCGUUGGCUCGUCUGGAGACGUAUGAGAACGCUAAGAAGACGUUGAAUAAGGCACGCGCUGCGAUCCCUACAGAGCCGUCUAUCUGGAUCACAGCUGCCAAGCUGGAAGAAGCGCAAGGAAAGAACCUGGACAUGAUUGAUCGUAUCAUUCAAUUGGCGCUCAAGUCGUUGCAGAAGCACCAGGUUGUUAUGAACCGAGAGAUGUGGUUGAAGGAAGCGGAAGCGUGCGAGCAAGCCGAUGCGCCAUUGACGUGUGCGGCAAUUGUUCGUGCAAGCUUGGAUGUGGGGGUGGACCCUGAAGACAGGAAACGCACGUGGAUGGAUGAUGCUGAGAACAGCAUCAACCGCGGCGCUCUGCUGACUGCGAAGGCUAUCUACGCUGCUGCGUUGAAGGUGUUCCCUGGCAAGAAAUCGAUUUGGCUACGUGCUGUCGCCCUGGAGAAGAGAGUGCAGGAGGGCAAGAGCCCCGAACCUGUCGAGCAGCUACUACAGAAAGCUGUUACGUGUUGCCCUCAAGCAGAGAUUCUGUGGCUCAUGGCUGCUAAGGAGGUCUGGACGAACGGCUCAGUGGAGAAUGCACGCUUGAUUCUGCGCCAAGCAUUCAGUGCUAAUCCCAAUAGUGAGGCGAUUUGGCUGGCAGCCGUCAAGCUGGAGUGGGAGAAUGACGAGAUCGACUUGGCUCGGGCAUUGCUGGCCAAGGCGCGUGCUCAAGCCCCAUCGCCCCAUGUGUGGAUGAAGUCUGUACUGCUUGAAAGGGAAUGUGCCGAGAACCGCAAAGACGAAGAAGAUCUCGUACUGGAAGGUAUCAAGUUGUACCCAGACUUCCCCAAGCUGUAUAUGAUGGCUGGGCAAUUUUAUGAAGCGCUGGAUCCGCCCAACUACGAGAAGGCGAAAAAGAUGUAUCGCGAAGGAGUCCAACACUGUCCAAAGUCGAUUCCCUUGUGGACUCUUUCCAGCCGCUUAGAGGAGAAGAUGAACGGUGUGACAAAGGCCCGGUCGGUGUUGGAAAUGGCUCGUCUUAAAAACCCCAAGAACGAUGUGUUGUGGCUGGAAGCUGCUCGUCUGGAGGCUCGAUGGGAUAACCCCAAGGGACAGGAAAUGCUGAUGGCCAAGGCUUUGCAGGAGUGUCCUGAAUCGGGUAUUCUAUUGGCUGAGGCCAUCGAUAUAGCCCCUCGAGCGCAACAAAAGCGUGCAUCGUUCACUGCGCUCAAGAAGAAGGAUAACGACCCGUCAGUGUGUUUGUCUGUUGCGAAGCUGUUCUGGCAAGAGCGCAAAUACUCGAAGGCGCGCAAGUGGUUGGAACGAACUAUUCAGUUGGACUCAGAUUUCGGAGAUGCGUGGGCUCAUUACUAUCUGUUCGAGUUAAAACACGGCUCGAAGGAGGCAGCGGAGAAGAUCAUAAAGCGUGCUGUAACCGCGGACCCUCAUCACGGCGAGAAAUGGACACGUGUAUCCAAACAAACGCAGAACCGUCGCAAGAAGGCUGAAGAACUGGUGAAGCUGGUCAGCCUUACCUUACCAUUUGCCGAACAGCCUUAGCUCAACCUCGGGUAAGAGAGAAAAGCUCCAUGGCCCUACUAAACAAUUCACUGUUACAACGUACUUGUAGUUUGGCGAACUUAGGCCUCUCUCUUGACGAAAGCUGCGACCUUCCGAGCUAAGCGCUCCAUUCUGUGGCUCUCCCAGUACUCCUCCUCUUCGGCAAUCGCCUCCUCUGCUCGGAUCUGUGAAAUGAACUCGGCCAGCUCCACACGCUGGUCUUCGGCUGCGAUGCGGCCAAGACGACCACGGUAGGCUCGCUGCAACGUGAUUGCAGCCGCAUGAUCCAGAGCGCGUUGAGCGUCGAUCUCUCGUCGACGCAGCAUCCACUUUUUCCCUGCGAUUUUGCCCAAGUGGCCACGAUACACGCGCUGGAUGUUGAUGGCUGCUGACCUCUCUCUCUUGACCUUGCGGUUUUCAUCCACCAAGCGCUUCCUGUAGGCCGCCAACUUUUGUUCGUGGAAUUUCUGCUUGCGAGCUUGGCCGAUUCGAGCCUUCUCGUCGUAGAACGCUGCCUUACGAGUUCGCAGCUCCACGUUCCUCUUCUCUUUGUCCAUACGAAGACGUUCGGCACUUUUCGGCGGCUCGGCACUACGCUUUGCUGCCGAGACGGACCAGACAGUCUUCUGUUUCUUGAGCAAGGAUAAGCCUCGGAAGUACAUGAGUGUCAUGCAAAAGAGUCCGAACUUGAGCGCAUUCUCGGUCUCGGUGAGUGGCUUGUCCAGUUCAGAGUCCUUCUGUACGGCCUUCUUGGUACGAUUGACUUGAAAUGCUUCGACCUCAAUUGAUUUCCACUUGUCUGACGGUAAUCCCUGUGCAUUCUGCUGCUGCUCGUCAAUAAUAUCCUGGCGGACUUGAAGGAUGUAGCGAUCCUGCUCAAAGCGACGAAGAUCCUGCAUCGUUAAUGGCCCUUCACGCCUCAAGCUGGGGACGUAUCCGAGCACUUGUCGCUCGGACUUGCGUUCACCGAGCAUCCGGCUUGCUAGCAUUGAUUCAAGCACGUACGUCAGUGGUACUAAAGAAAGUUACUUUAAAUCACAAUGCCUGUAAGACCACUUUUUGACUGAUUUUGUACGG